CUGUUGCCCGGAUAUGAUUAUUAUAUAUUGUUUAAAAUUUGCUUUAGAACAUUCACAUGAUUAAACAAUUAUGACAAGGCAUUUAUCUUUUUUGCUUACGAAUUUUGACUUCAGUAUCCUGGUUUGUUUUCUAUAUCAAAAUAAUGGAUUAUAAAUUUUAUGUUGAAUUUGCAAUAAUCGGCUUGGUAGUUGGAACUGUGACGGCUGUCGAACCUGUAUUUAAAGACGCCAUAAAUAAUAUAACGGCUAUUCAAGGGGACGAUGUAAUCUUACCAUGCACAGUUCUGAAUACAUCGGCCAAUAUUGAGGUGAAUUGGACGAACCCAGAUUGGGUACAGUUGACACAUGGUGAAAACGUGCUGUUGAAUGGUGAGCGGUAUAGUGUAGAACGCCAAAGUACAAGGAAAUGGGAUCUAAAAAUAAAAAGUGUUGACUUUCCUGAUAGCGGUACCUAUGUAUGUGAAAUCAAAAGCGACACGCCACAGAGGAAGAGCGUACAUUUUACUGUCAAAGCACCUACCGUUAUAAAUCUGGUUGGAUCAGGAAAUAAGACAACACAGCCUUCAACAACGCACUCUUCAACAACACAGUCUUCAACAGCACAAUCCACUCUAACACCGUUCUCGACAACACAGUCCUCAACAAUACUGCCUUCGACAGCACAGUCCAUUCUAACACCGUUCUCGACAACGCAGUCCUCAACAAUACUGCCUUCGACAACACGGUCCCCAACUACAGAGGACCCCAAAACAUGUUCGGGUGUGCGGCCUUGUCAUAACUCUGGCAUCUGCGUUAAUGGCACGUGCAAUUGUAUCAAUGACUUCAUAGGUAGUUUCUGCGAGGAACCCACAGUCUGUCCUCCUAAUGCCUGUAAAAUAAAUAAUACUAAGAACUGCUCUGUAGAGCUGGAAAAUGGUUCCUUCGUAUACAAGUGCAAGUGUCUUCCGUUAUAUAAAGGCGAUCAUUGUGAAAUAUAUGACUUUUGUGAAUUGAAUCCGUGUAAUAAAACCAACGAGCAAUGUGUGUCGCUGUACAAACAAAACAGUUAUGAAUGCCACUGUAUACGUGGGGACCCGAAUAACGACUGCAAACUGAAUGAGGGAGACAACUGCCUUGCGAAGCCACCUUCCAACCCAAAUGCGUACAUAACAUGCAUUGAUCAAAUAGAUUCGUUUAAGAUGUAUUGCAGUCCUGGUUAUUCUGGGGAGAAAACUGGUUGUCUUAAUAAUGAAAACUUGGAGUUAUAUUGUGACCGAAACGGACCAGGGUACUGCAUUGAUGAGGGCUACUGUAAGCCACUGUGUAAUGCAGACGUAUGUAACGGUACAGAAAACUGUAAAUUCACGGCAGAUCCUUACAACACAACCGGUUUCGAUACGAAAUCAGAAUGUGUUCAGGCUUUCGGAGACGGCUACGACCAUCCAAACUGCCACGCAGAAGAUACGCUAUUUGAUGGAUUUGACGCAAAAAUAAAUGGACUUGAAGACUGCAGCCCAUUUUUCGACACAGUUUGCACACGUGACUUCGGUAACGGAGACUGCAAACCGGGAUGUAAUAAUGCUGACUGUCUUUUUGACGGCUUUGAUUGUUCGAACGACACUGAACUUGCUGGAGUGGUAGUUGUAGAAAUCAAAGGGCUAUUAGAAGCUCAUCCGAACGUCUUACAGAACAAUAUAUCAAUGAUGUUGCGAUCUGGUGUCAAUCUUACAGAAGAAACAUCCAGAGAUGAACCUACGACGCUCCUUUCACUGAAGAUUACAGAAACAGAAUUUACCGACAUAGAAUAUGCCGGCAAGUUUUUGGCGGCCGUCGUUGCUAAGCGACCGGGAUGGUUGAAUGGUGUUAAAAUAAAGGAUAUUUUUGUUUGCCCGGCUGGAAGUUACAGCAGUACGUAUUCUGACAAGUGUAGGAGGAAAUGUAGCACGUGCAAUCAGGUCUAUGACAUCUGUGACUGGAAAACAGGGAGGUGUUUGCACGGGUGUUUUAAUAAUAAUUUUUAUGGCGCCAUGUGUAAGCAGUGUCCGCAGAAUUGCGUCGGUGGCUGUAAUGAAAAUGGACACUGUAAUACCUGUCCAUCUGACAGACACGGGAAAACUUGUGAACAGUUAUGCGAUGAAAAGUGUCAAAGUGGUACAUGCACUCGUAACACUGGCAUCUGUGUGUGUAAAGAUGAAUACUACUGGUCAGACCAUGAUAAAAGGUGUGUUAAUUGUAGUGAUGGAUGCAAAAAGGAUUGUGAUGCGUCGUCCGGUUCAUGUAUUUGUAGGGAUGGAUACUAUGGCAGCAUGUGCACUUCUCAUUGUAUGGAUAGGUGCUUAAAUGGGACAUGCCACGUGAAUGGGACAUGUGACAAAGGGUGUGACCCAGGUUAUUAUGGCCCUACGUGCGCUCUUGCAUGUCCUAGUGGGUGUAACGCAUGCUCACGAGAUGGCAGGUUAUGUGAAGGGAACUGCAAACCAGGAUAUGAAGGGUCCACGUGUGAAAAGAGUUCCGGUCAAAGUGGAUAUAUUAAUGACGUAACUGACAAUACUGGUUUAAUCAUUGGUGUCGUUAUUUCCCUGCUACUUGUUGUCCUUAUACUCACUGUUGCCUACUGUUACUGGAAGAAACGAAAGUCUGGAGAUUACGUGAUGGGGGACGAGGAGAUGGAAGAACCACCGCCAAAAGAAUCGAAUACAAUAGACGAGCAUACAAACAUGCAUAUGCAACCUACUUCUUCGUUACUUGAGCACUCAUCAGAUAUGAUAGAACUUGACGAGAAACAAAAUAUAGCCGUAUACGCUGGUCCCGGACGAGGACAAACUGCAGAAGAUGGAGACAAGAUGCCAAAAGACAAGGGGCCAGGCGAAAAAGAGCAGGAAUCCGGCAAGGGGCAACCAACAGAUGACAAUUCAGGGGAUGCAGCAGACAACAAAGCAGAAGAUACAGAUAAAAAGAACGAGAAAUGUACGUCUUCGGUGGUAAUUGAAAUAGGUACAGGAGGUAGGGUGUUGUCUGUAUCUGACGGAGACGAAGCACAGUCACCUACUCUAAACAAGGAAGUUGAGCUACCUAUUGGUGAAGAAGAAGAAAGUAUUGAAGACGACAGUGCAUUUGCUAACCCACCUCAAAGUCCACUGGGAGAGGUUCGAGCCCCAUUAGCUUCGGAGGAAAAUAUUCUUGCCAUCUUAGGUCCUAAAGAGAUUGAACGAGACACUGCUGAUGAGCCUGUGGGAUUAGAUGAAGAGCUAGCAAAGGAGGAAGAUAAAGAAUCAAAAAGGUCAAGCAGUUCGUCUAGUUCCAGCUCAAACUCUAGCAAAUCUAGCAAGGAGGACAAUCAUGAGAUUGCCACGGAAACGUGACCUUGAUAUUAACACAUCUAGUUACAUGUAUUUAGAAAUUUAUACAUUGUAACAGGACUGUAUAAAAACGUUACGCACUAAAACGACAAAAGAAAAUCAAAGAAACAUUGAAUGAUGUAUACAAAAUGCAAUAUGCAUUUGAAUAAGACAGUUGACUUACAGUAUGUAAACUGAUGUCAAACAUCGAUAAUGCAAUGAAGUUUGUUUUGUUAUAUUAUUAUUUUGUAUGUUUGUGCUAUUUUUAUAUCCUCUGUAUUUGUGAGGCAAAAGGCGUUCUGUAUGUAGUGGUUUCAUUUUUAUCUGACACACACUUUACCCAAUGAUUGGAAGACUACAACAGUUAACAGUUGUGGAGAGAAUACUAACGACUGUUAUAGAACUUUUUACGUUUUAUGUUUCCUCUAGUAGACUGUAUUGUAUCAAAGGAAAGUGUAUUUCUUCUAUGUAAUUCUGUGUACAGUAUAUAACUGAUGUAAAAAAGAUGUCAAACACUGAAACCAAUAUUUUUUUAACAAGAGCUGUCUCCAUAGGAUGACACUUGCCCCCGAUGGCACUUUGAAUGAAUAGUUAUGGCCGAUGUUAGAGUUUAGGACCUUUUACCUACGGACCUGGGUCUUGCGCGUGACACGUCGUCUUACUGUGCCACACAUUCAUGCGUAGUUAUUUUAAAAUCCAUGCAUGAAUGACAAAGAUAUGGACCGGACACGACCAUCAAUGCACUAUCAUGAAAUAUGACCUUUAACGUCUAAGUGUGACCUUGACCUUUGAGCUACGGACCUGGGUCUUGCGCGCGACACGUCGUCUUACUGUGGUACACAUUCAUGCCCAAUAAUUUUAAAAUCCAUGCAUGAAUGACAAAGAUAUGGACCGGACACGCCCAUCAGUGCACUAUCAUGAAAAAUGACCUUUAACGUCCAAGUGUGACCUUGACCUUUGAGCUACGGACCUGGGUCUUGCACGCGACACGUCGUCUUACUGUGGUUCACAUUCAUGCCAAGUUAUUUGAAAAUCCAUCCAUGGAUGACAAAGAUAUGGACCGGACACGCCCAUCAGUGCACUAUCAUGAAAAAUUACCUUUAACGUCUAAGUGUGACCUUGACCUUUGAGCUACGGACCUGUGUCUUGCGCGCAACACGUCGUCUUGCUGUGGUACACAUUCAUGCCAAGUUAUUUGAAAAUCCAUCCAUGGAUGACAAAGAUAUGGACCGGACACGAAAAUUGCGGACAGACCGACAGACUGACAGACUGACAGACGGUUCAAAAACUAUAUGCCUCCCUUCGGGGGCAUAAAAAUGUUUAAAUUUUUAUAAUUUUAUUUUUCACAUUUAUUCUCUAUGCUGGCCUGAAAAUGAAACUGACUUAGAUAGCUUGAAAUAUGAUGUAGAAAUAUCACACUUUAACGUUGUAUAGCACAUGUUUGUAAUUUGAAUAUUAUAGGUUUCCUUCAAAAAUACACCUUUUUCCUGAUUACAGGAAAACAAUAGCGCUGAAAAUGACAGAGAAGCUGGUGGCAAGAAACCUGUGUACAUUGUAUUAUUUGUUGAAUAUUAUGUUAUUUUUGUAUUUUGUUCUAGAAUACGUGUAGUGGUUUGUCUGAUUUGAAAAUAGCGUGUUUGUUGUCUGAAGUCAGCUUGAAGUUCAUGUGCUAUUGUAAAUAAGUAUGCCCACUGGCAGAAUGUCGAGCCCGCCAGCUGUCUAAGUGUGACUUUGACCUUAGACCUAGGGACCUGGUUCUUGCGCAUGACACUCCGUCUCAUAUUGAUGAACAUUCAUACCAAGUUACAUCAAAAUCCCACUAUGCAUAAAGAAGAGAUGCUCCAGACAAACUUCAAUUUGACCUUUGACCUCCAACUGUGACCUUGACCUUUGAAUUAGGAAUAUGAGGUAUUCACAUGACACUCCUUCUCAUUGAGGUAAAAAUUUAUGCCAAAUAUAAACAAGAUUGUUCCAUGCAUGUCAAAGUUAUGGUCUGGACAAAAUCGGACGGAAGGACGCACGCACAUACACCGACCCGCCAAGAGUGACGACUUUUGUUUCUACAUUAAGGCAGUUUCUUAUUAUGAAUAGCUAUUUUUGUUGGCUUUUAACAAGUGAUUACAUUUUUCUUGUUUUCCUUGCAAGGCAAGUAAAUGCCGUUAAGCAUAAUGCACAACGCACAAUUGUUUGUAUACAUCAUUAUGUAACAUGCAAAUCCCAGGACUGUGUAUAUAUAUUUCUAGUUUAUCAGCAAACACAAAACAAAAUAUCAAGUUUGUAAAGGGACAACCUAUCAUUUUUUUAUAACGUGAAACAAUAAAAAAUGUCAAUUUAUUUUCAAUAAUUUCAUAACGAAGGAAGACGUCUGAUAGACGAUACCAUACAUGUUUUCUUACCAGAAAUUUUUUACACAAAAAUGCAGAGAAUGUAUAGUGAAAGUUAAGUCUGAAAUGAAAGCGAGUAUUUAAUCCAACUUGAACAUUAAAAUAUAAUUCAAAUCGUUAAGUAAGUUUACAUCUCCAGAACUAAGAAUACAACAUAUUUCUAAAAAUGGUUUUCACAUUUCUGAUAAAUACCUUAUCACACUUGUUUUCUGUUAUAGAUUUUACUCAUGUAAUACAUUCUUCAAACACAUCUUUUAUGACAGUGUUAAAUUACACUACAUAAUCUUGAUUUUUUGUGCUUAAGACAUAAUUUAAUGUGUUCUUAAAGUUUUUGAUGUUUUAUUGAGCUAAACUAUUACUUGUCAUAAUGUUGAUGUUUUCUUACAUUAAAUUACUAUAGAAACGUGUAUACAUCAGAAGUACCCUGUAGUAGCUGUUUCACAAACAACAUGUUUUAUUGAUAUAUAUAAUAGAGACAAGCAUAUCUCAUUACAGUAUUAAAUUACUUUAGCAUUGAUUUAUUCAUUGCUUCAUGUCAUUCUUAUUUUGUAUGAUAUUUUGUAUGAUAUACAUGUGUCGCAUUUUUAAUAUUGAUGACUUUAUCAAUCAGCUUUAGCUUCUAAGUAAGAAUGUUGGAAGGUGUUUAUUUCACGCUUAAAUUUUCUGACAGAUAACAACAAUGAAGAGGUAGAUGGGGAGCCUAUGCUAAUAACGUUUUGACAAGUGAAAUACAUAUGGUAUAGGUAUUAUACUUUAUCUUUAAACUGACAUUCAUUGGUGUAGAAAUUCUCCAAAAACAGCCCUAAAAUGCAUGGUAUGACUUCAUACAGAUCAUGCCCAUCAUCAGUUGUAGAACUGACUUUAAAGUUUUAAACUUAAAAAGUGAAAUAUUCCCCUCCAUGGUCCAGUGUGGCUGUCUACAAUGUUUUUGUUGAGAGUCGCCGCAAGUGCCUUUCUGCAGAUACUUUGGCAUGAGAGUUCUAAUGGUAACAUCAAACAAAAGGAUGUCUUGAGAUUUCAGAGCAUAACCAAUGCCAAAUAUUUGAUAAAGCCAUCAAUGCAUUGAUACAGGCUUUGCUGAAAAUAUUAAUCCUUUUCCUUUCAUUUAUGUUAAUGCCUUUUUAAUUAGAAGCUGUAUUGUAUUUUGGUUUCAGCAUUUUUAGAUCAUUAAAUUCAGAUGCUUUGCUUUGUCAUUCCUAAUAAACAUAAUUUCUACGGAAAUAAGAAAGAAACUACAUAAU